UGUGAAAUUUGGGUCGAGAAAAUCGGCGGCGUUUGACAGGUCGAUAAAAUGAGCAAAGUUCCCGAUACCCAUUUUGCUCAACCGCAGGAUUGCGUGCGUCUGGAAAUUCCGUUUGAGAGCGCUGCAUGCGCUCAGUUUCGAAAUUGCGCAGCUUAGUGCAUGGACUACAUUCGUCUCCAGGGUAACAUUGACAUCCCUCUGAGCUCAUGGGGAUGUCAUGUGUGUGUGUGUACGUGUCUAGUGUAUAGUGUGGCUGUUGUCGUUUUGUACGUCCGUGUUCGUAGCCUACUAAUACAGAGCACAGAGAGCAGAGUUAACAAAACGGUGGCGCUCUAUAUCUUUGGUUGGUGGUGUGUGCCAUUAACACACGUAUUUCUUUUCGAUUUGUUUCCCUUUGGUCUUUUGGAGUUUUUCGCCGACAGUGUACUACUAUAGGGUAAUAAAAUGUCAACAAGAAGUGUUCCAGAGACUGUGGCUGUAUCUGAAAAGACGGAUAAAUCGGAUGAACUUACAAAAAGGACCUUAUCUGAGGCAGACCUUGCAUCUAGAAGUUACCAUGGAACCAAUGUAACCCAACAAGAUGGAACAGAAGUGCAAAUGGAUAGUUUUUCAGGCUGUCAUGCUAAAUCAGAUUCUACUGAAGUGGAGAGGCUGGUGCUCCUUUCAAAUAAGAUAAAAAAUCACAACAUUGUUGCAAACGCUCUUCUUCCUAAUGUAAAAUUAGUGCAGUACAAAUAUGAGAGUGGUUCAUUUGAGGCAAUUUUCAAUCAAAUAACUCUUGCCUUGAAUGGAAUCAAAGUGAGAAGUAUAGCAUGCAUUCUCCAUACCAAGCCAGGAAGUGUUCUAUUUUACACCAAUGGAGAUUACAGAGAGACCCUGACACCGAGCAAUAUUGGUGAACAGAAUUCAGUGGUAAACUUUCUGAAGUCACUGAAAAGUUUUUGUUCACAAGAUUUGGAUACAAGGAUAGAUCUUCUUGCCUGUAGUGCUCUCCGACCAUCUGAUAUUGGACAUUUAGGGCCAUCCUUAGAGAGGAUAAUGGAGAUUCCUGUUGGCAUUUCUAAGGAAAUACUUGGAACAGAUAUUGUUCUGACUACAUGUACAAGUGCAAAUGGAAAAUUUUACAAGUGUGUAGGAGAUAUGUACUUCAAGACUGACAAACUGAAAAAUUGGAGUCCACAGCCACAAACCUUAGCAGGUUUUGAACGCAUUCGCACUGUAGGAAAAGGAGCUUAUGGGGCAGCAGUUUUGUACAGGAAGAAAGAUGACGACUCACUAGUAAUUUUGAAAGAGAUAAAUAUGCUGGAUUUGACCGCUUCUGAACGACAAAUGGCUCUCAAUGAGAUACGUGUGUUGAGUAUUUUUGACCACCCUAAUAUCAUCAGUUACUAUGAUAGCUUUGAGGAGGAUGGAACUUUGAUGAUUGAAAUGGAAUAUGCGGAUGGAGGAACUGUGCAACAGUACCUGAAUAGUUUGCAAGGAAAACAAGAACUAGAAGAAAGAGAAAUUCUCAUGAUGUUUCAGCAAAUGGUUGCAGGUAUAAAGCAUAUCCAUGACCAUAAUAUACUACACAGGGAUAUGAAAACUGCAAAUGUCUUCUUAACAAAGGAAGGAAUUGUCAAAAUCGGAGACUUUGGUAUCUCUAAAGUCAUGUCUUCAAACAAUCGUGGGGCUAGUACUGUUCUUGGAACACCUUAUUACAUAUCACCAGAGAUAUGCGAAGGUAAACCAUACAAUGAGAAGUCGGAUAUCUGGGCCCUUGGUUGUAUACUCUAUGAAAUGGCGUGUUUACAGAAAACGUUUGAAGGAACCAACUUACCUGCAUUAGUCAACAAGAUAAUGAAGGGUCAGUUUACUCCUGUGAAGGGGAACUACAGCAUUGAAUUCAAAACAUUAGUGCAAGACUUACUUCAGCGGGAAGCUGAUUAUAGACCAUCUGCCAAUGAACUUGCAUUAGCACAGCUACCACUUCUGAUGAGGAAGUAUGAUGAAGAAGCCACAGUUGCAGAUGUUGAAGAGGAUUUACAUACUGCUGAAAAAGAACAAAGCAAAAGACAAAGAGCAAGGUCAGUGUUAUACAGAUUCAAUAUUGGAAACUUUGAUGUUAUUCCUGUGGACCUUCCUGCCAAAAUAAAAAUAAGACAGGUUGCUGUAAGCCGAACGCACAUCAUUGUAGUUACAUUUGAAAGUGAUGUUUAUUCUUGGGGCGAAGGAUUAAAAGGUCAACUUGGACAUGGAGAUCUCAAAAUGCGUAGUUGCCCAGAAGUUAUACAAUCACUAAGAGGGAAGUCAAUUCUAAGGACAUGUUGUGGCGAUGGCUUCAGUGUGUUUGGAAGUGACAAUGGCAUUGUCAUGACAUGUGGAGAUGGUAGUAAUGGCUGUCUUGGCCAUGGGGACUGGAGUAGUGCUUCAAGACCUCGUUUGAUUGAAGCUUUGCUCAGUGUUGAUGUGACAGCUAUUUCAUGUGGACCUUACCAUGUGGUUGCUGUUGGAGCUGAUGGUGAAGUGUUCUCUUGGGGCUCUGGUAAAUAUGGGCAGCUGGGACUUGGUGAUGAAGAAGACCACUGUGAACCAAAGGAAGUGAGUGUUGGACAAGUUUUUGUGCGUGAUGUUAAAUGUGGAGUGGACGGUACAAUGUUUCUGACAGAUGUGGGCUGUUUACUAGCAUGUGGCAAUAAUGAAAACAACAAGCUUGGACUUAACAAUCGGCAAGGAUUCCUCAUGGCUAUGAAAAACAUUUUUACUAAGACAGAAGUGGAAGGUAGGAGAGUGCCAACUAAAAUCAAAUUGCUAAGUUCCUCCAGGGUUGUGGGCAUGAUUUUGGGCCGUCAUCAUAGUGCAGUGCUUGUGGAACCUGGGGUGCUUUACACAUUUGGUAGAAACACUGAUGGACAACUUGGUGUUGGUAACACAAAGCCCAGAGAAGCACCUAUGCAGGUUAAAGACAUGUCUGACAAAGUGAUAAUGACUGUAGCGUGUGGAGAUAAUUACACAGUGGCUGGCACAAUGGACAAUGCUCUAUAUAUGUGGGGAAGAGGAUGUUGUCCAACAACACAGCCAAGUGAAGAAUUGUCUAAAGACUUAACAAAGUGUGAUCAGGACCAAGUUUCUAAGUCAGACUCUCUACAACUUUCUGAUAGUGUGCUAAAUGAGGAAGUUGCAAGUGUUCCAGCCAUGGAUGAGGAACAACUGAAGCAUUGUCGGGAGAAGCAUCGGUCAGUGGAAUCGACGGUUCCAUUGCUUAUCGCAAGGUGAAAUCAGGCUUUCUCCAGAACGGACCUGCCGUUGAUCGUAGCGUGUGCAGUCAGACCUUCCUUUUCACCACAACUUGGCAAAACAACGAGGGUCUUCCUGAUGUAGAACUUGAGGAUGACCUUGCUAUGGAACAGCAACUUGCCCAACCGGAACAUCCAUCUCAACAAAACGGCAACAUCGUCAAGAACCAUGUGGUUCACACUUAUUUCCAACCCCGUCAUUGAAUGCUACGUUGUUGGCUUUUACAGUCUCAGAUGAAGGGGUUGCCGGUGUUGAACUGCUUUCCACAACAUAAUUUUAAUUAAGCAGUUUUCGCUAUUUAAGUAUUAAGCCAAUUUAUUUUAAAUUAAUUUUAUUAUAAAUGCACAAAUACAACUAACUAAUUUUGACUUGAAUCAUCACGUUUUCUCGACAUAGUCCCCUUGUUUCAAUGAAGCAGGGAGUAUCCUGCGUACACUGACGAUAAAAUUCAACAUAUUUUAAGAUUAAAAUAUCCUGUGGAAUUAUUACUUCUAAUGAAUAUUAUGAACCCAGUACUCAUUAGGUCCUGCGGCAUUGGCUGUAGCCACUGGCUCUUUUUAUAUUGUCCAAUGAUGGCAAUCUGUUUUGUUUUGUUAUUAUGAUGCAGAAAAAUAUUAAAUUUUUCAUACCAGUUUUCACCGAUUCC